UCCAAAUUACAACAAGCAACAAUUUUCCUUAAAAUCUCACUGAAGUGUGAGUUAGCGAAUCGGCCGCGGUGGCGUCUAGAUAUAACACCUGUGGCUGCACUUGACUCACGAGAAGGUCUGUGGGAUGGUUGUCGCGUGGAUUGUAACCGCGAAUAUAUGUCUGGUCCCACUACUAUGGCAUAGGAUGACAAUGACAUAUAUUCGCGGUUACAACCCACGCGACAACCAACCAUCCCACAUUGGUGACCUCGCCGAACAAAAAGGAUCACACCAGUAACAUAACCACGCGCAUGACGUCCACGAUGACGACCAACGACACCGGCUCGCAGGAAACCUCACGCAUCAGCAUUCGUCCUUCAAAGUUUAGCAAGGAAAAACCGCUAAUCUGGUUCAUACAAAUGGAAGCGCAAUUUGCGACAAACGGAAUCACACAAGACCUCACAAAAUACUAUCACGCGUUGCAAUCUCUCGACGCGGACGUCAUAUCUGAGGACAGCGAAGAAAAACGCCUAAAAACGCUGCUGAACCAAACCAUACUUGGCGAUCAACGACCCUCACGUUUGCUGCGUCAUAUGAAAGACCUCGCAGAAGACAGAAUGUCUGACGAUCUAUUCAAAUCCCUCUGGUUACAACGUCUGCCAACAAAUAUGCAGACUGUCCUCUCGGCCAGCGGAGAUAUCUUAACGUUGGACAGGCUAACCGCAAUGGCAGACAAGAUUUAUGAUAUAACACCACCCAGCUCAUCUGUUUUGCAGGUUGCCGAAACAACGGCUAGCACCUCGUCGCAAGAAAGCGAGCUCUGCGAAAUCAUCAAAAAGCUUGACCAACUCUUAUCCAGAAGGCAGAGAUCAAGCCCACAUCGCCGAAAAAGAUCACGUACCAGAUCACGCUCAAGAUCAUCAACUAACACGAAAUACUGCUGGUACCACAAAUGUUUCGGCCGGGACGUCAAAAAGUGUUCCGCACCAUGCAGCUGGGACAACAAGAAGGACGACAAGAAAAAGCAAGAGGAAAACUAAUGCCCGAGGUGUCAGCGGCGGAGAGCACCCCGGACUCUGUUGUACGCCGUUUAUUUGUCACCGACCGCCUCUCACGAUGUGAUUUCCUCGUCGAUACCGGAGCGGACGUUUCUGUUUUUCCUGUUACACAUAAAAACAGUCGCAGUAAGUCAAAACUUACGCUCUGCGCAGCCAAUGGCACGCCCAUUGCAACAUUUGGUCAAAAGCUUCUGCAAAUAGAUUUUGGACUGCGGCGUAGUUUCCAAUGGCCGUUCUACCUCGCAGAGGUGAGCAAACCCAUUUUGGGCACAGAUUUUUUAUCACAUUUUAAUCUUUUGGUAGAUCUUCGCCGAAGAAGGCUGAUUGAUGGCAACACAAGUUUAAAGAUUUCCGGUCAGUUAAACAGCAUCUCCGUUUUACAAGUACCUUAUCUCAAAUCUGAUACUGUUUACAGUGAUUUGCUCAACGAGUUUCCAGAGCUCACUCGAAGCUCAAUUGCGCCUAAAAGCGCACACCAUGAAGUAUCUCAUGCAAUAAUCACUCAAGGUCAGCCGGUAGUUGCCAGGGCCCGUCGUCUCGCACCCGAGAAGCUGAAGGCAACUAAGCUCGAGUUUGAGUUCAUGUUGCAACAAAGCCUAUGUCGCCCGUCAAAGAGUUGUUGGGCCAUUCCACUCCAUUUGGUCCCGAAGAAAAAUGGUAAUUGGAGGCCAUGCAGUGACUACCGCAACCUCAAUGCAAUAAUGGAACCGGACCGCUACCCAAUCCCAUUCCUGCAAGACUGCGUUCAAUUUCUACAUGGAGUAACAGUGUUUUCAACAAUUGACCUCAUCCGUGCCUACUAACAAAUUCCAGUCAAAGAAGAGGACAUUCCUAAAACCGCUAUUAUAACUCCUUUUGGAUUAUACGAGUUCCCUUUUAUGACUUUCGGCUUGCGUAAUGCAGUUCAAACCUUCCAAAGGUUUAUGGAUGAAGUUGUCCGAGGACUCGAUUUUUGUUACGUCUACUUAGACGAUAUUCUCGUGCGGCAAAACGGCCGUCUAAAACGGCAAAAGAACACCGCGAGCAUUUCAAGAAAUUAUUUCAACGUCUGCAAAAACUUGGCGUCGCCAUUAACACUGCCAAAUGUGUCUUUGGAGAAUCUGAGGUUUCGUUCCUUGGACAUCAUAUCUCAGCGAAGGGGCUCGCACCCUUACCGCAAAAGGUAGAAGCCAUCACCAACUUCCCCGAACCUCAGGACGUAAAAGGGCUACGCCGUUUUCUAGGUAUGAUUAAUUAUUAUCACCGCUUCUUACCUAACAUUGUGAGCACUCAAGCUUCCUUACAGGAGGUGCUCAAAAGCCAGAAAAAAGGUAGUCAAGCUCUUAUCGAGUGGUCAUCAAAAAGGAAAGCCGCUUUCAAAAAGCUUAAAGAGGAACUAGCUAACGCUACACUUCUCGCGUUCCCAGAUCCUUCCGCACAGUUCGCUGUUCAAACCGACGCAUCCGAUUCCGCAGUUGGCGCUGUUUUGCAGCAACGUCAAGGCCAAAAGUGGCGUCCGCUAAGUUUCUUCUCUCGAAGGCUCAACCCAGCACAACGCAACUAUAGUGCGUAUGAUCGCGAGCUGUCGGCGAUCUACGCUGCGAUCAAGCAUUUUCGUUUUAUGCUGGAGGGAAGAGAAUUUUUCGUGAUCACCGAUCACAAGCCCCUUACAUUCGCUUUCUCGUAGAAGUUGGACCGCGCUUCACCCAGACAGUGCCGUCAAUUAACUUAUAUAUCAGAGUUCACAACAGACAUUCGUCAUGUUCCUGGCGAAGAGAAUGCAGUCGCAGACGCUCUAUCCAGAAUGGACUCCGUAAUGAUGCCAGUCAUUGUCGACACUGAAGAAUUGGCACAGCAACAAGCGACAGAUCAAGAACUUCAAUGGAAGUUGAAAUUCCUCUCAUCCAACCUUAGGCUUUAGCAAAAGUUUUUACUUCCUGAAACCAAUUCAACGCUACACUGUGAUUGCUCUCAGGAUAGUGUCCGUCCGUUUGUUCCAAUCACGCUCCGCCGUCGCAUUUUCGACAUGGUGCACGGAAUGUCGCACCCUAGUGGAAGAGCCACUAGACGACAAAUCGCUCAAAAAUUUGUUUGGACAUAUAUGAAUAAAGACAUAGCAACAUGGGCCAAGUCCUGUCAACGAUCAAAGAUUACUAAACACAACCAGUUGGUUCCAGAAAAACUUUCAGUUCCGGACGCUUGCUUCGAUCACGUCCAUUUGGACUUAAUUGGACCACUUCCAUUAUCACGAGGAUUCAGAUAUUGCCUGACACUAAUCGACCGUUUCUCUAGGUGGCCCGAGAUAGUGCCGUUAGCCGACGUCACAGCAGACACCGUAGUUAAAGCUUUUUUUGUAGCAUGGGUUUCUCGUUUCGGUUCGCCCAAAGUCAUUACAAUCGACCAAGGUUCACAGUUUGAAUCGAAAUUGUUCGAAGCACUAACAAAACUCAUAGGUACCAAACGCAAUAGAACUAUCACUUACCAUCCGGAAUCAAAUAGACUCAUCGAACGCUGGCACCGGUCCCUGAAGACGGCAAUUAUGUGCAAUAGUCAAAAGCGGAGUGGGUCGACGCAUUGUCCGUGGUGCUCAUCGGACUCCGCAUUUGCUAUAAGGAAGAUAUUCGCGCAUCAACAGCUGAACUCCUGUAUGGAAAGACACUUAGGAUUCCAAGAGAGUUUUUCGAUCUUGAAGAUAUGCCUAACGACCCGCAACCGUUCGUGGAGCCGUUCCGUAGGCUCAUGCAGCAAAUCAAACCAAUACCUGCGGCACAUCACAUGCGAAGCAAACCAUUCAUAUUUAAAGAUUUGUACACCUGUACGCAUGUCUUCCUGAGAGAGGAUGCAAUUAGACGUCCACUGGAGCAACCUUAUACAGGCCCUCAUCGUAUAAUCAAAAGGAUCUCCGAUCGAGUUUUCACAGUGGAUGUCGACGGAAAAAUGCUCAAUAUUUCGGUGGAUCGCUUAAAACGGGCUUACUCCACCGCUCAGCAAGAAGAGCACACUUCUCCAGUUAGUGAACCUACCUCAGUACAACCGUCAACAGAACCAUCUUCAGCACGAAAGACUCAUUCAAUCCUAAAAACGUAUCCUAGUGCAACGCAGUUAAGAAAUAAAAAGACUGUGAGUUUUUCAAAGCCAAUCAAUUCCAAAGAAAUAAGUUUUCAAAUAGUAUUAAGUAUUCUUGUAUUUUAACUUGUUCUCAUUUUUUUCUUUUCAUUAUUUUAUCUCAAAUCAUAUUCUAUAUUGUUCUUAAUUUUAUCUUUUGUUCUCCGAGUCAUAUUUUACAUAAUAUUUUACGUUACUAUCCAAUUUUCUUAUAGUAUCAUUAAAUCUCGGGGAGGGGGGGGAGUAUUGAGAUUCUCUCCACCAAUGACAAGCGCUGAACAAAAACCCAGUGACGUAAUGGCGCAAUCAUUGCGCUUACGAAUUGACUUCCCCUUUUUGGAUUGUAGAAUAGGACGUACCGUCAUCUUUUGUACACUUCGUCAUUGUACGCGGUUGGAAAAGCUGUAAUAAAAAUGUAUAUUCUUAA